GAAUCUUCGGCAGGAGCUCCCACUCGAGGGCGGUAGUAGUAGUUCUAUCAACGGCGCGAGAAGGUACUUGGAUUGUUACUGUGGGCACCCGCGAGGAGCAGGAGUACAGUACAGAGGUACUACCGGGGGACGGUGCAGCAGGACUGGUACAGGAAGCACUACAGCGUGAGCGGCAACCAUGAAUCCCAGCUGUGCUCGUUGUAACAAAAUCGUGUACCCCACCGAGAAGGUGAAUUGCCUGGACAAGUACUGGCACAAACAAUGUUUCAACUGUGAAGUCUGCAAAAUGACCUUAAAUAUGAAAAACUACAAAGGCUAUGAUAAGAAGCCCUACUGCAGUGCACACUACCCAAAACAGUCAUUUACCAGUGUGGCAGAUACUCCAGAGAACUUGCGGCUCAAGCAGCAGAGCGAACUUCAGAGCCAGGUUCGUUACAAAGAAGAAUUUGAGAAAAACAAAGGCAAAGGAUUUAGCGUUGUGGCAGAUACACCAGAGCUUACAAGAAUCAAAAAGACCCAAGACCAAAUUAGCAAUAUUAAGUACCAUGAAGACUUUGAGAAGAGCAGAAUGGGUGCUGGGAGUGUGGAAGGCAGGGAGGAUGAACGCAGAGGCUCCCAAGAAAGUGCCAAUUACAGGAGGCCAUCAGAGCAGUCACAUCCUCAGGUGUCCAGUUCUGGUUAUCAGCAGCAACAGACCCAUUCCUUUGGUUACAACGAACCAUCAGUUCCUGCCUCAACACCGAGAACACCUCCAGCUGGUGGGAAGAGAUACCGUGCUGUAUACGACUAUAAUGCAGCUGAUGAAGAUGAAAUUUCCUUCCAUGACGGUGAUACCAUUGUGAAUGUGCAGCAGAUUGACGAAGGGUGGAUGUAUGGCACAGUUGAGCGGACCGGCGAGACAGGCAUGUUGCCUGCUAACUAUGUGGAAGCCAUGUAACCUGAAGGAUUCCAAGACCAAACAAAACAUUUCCUCACUUAAUCAUUCCAGUCGGUCCUAUUUCAGUGAUCCGGCAUAAUCCAGUUCUGAACAUGUAUUAAAUUUGAUGUGUUAAAAGUGAUUAAUUAUUAUAUUUUCCUUUUUAAGUAGCUUUUUUUAUUACUCAUCAGGGGAAAUGUAUCACCUGUAAUGGGAAAUCUGUUUAGGCUGCUCUCUAAUGCCUCUCUACAGGUGCUGUCGCCCUCCUUUUUACAUAGUCUUCUACUUUUCUGUCUGUAAAGGUGUAGCAUUAUGUACUUUUUAGUUUGAUCAUCUCCUAAUCCAAGUAUGCUCCAUGUUGUUGCACUGCCUGUCACCGGCCAUAAAAUUGUACCAGUAUUUUUGUAAUUUUCUGAAAAUUUAGUGUAAAAAAAAUAUAUAAUAUGUAUAUCAUACUGUAAGAAAUGAUAAUGUUAUACACAUAAUGUACUUAAUUCAUAUUGGCUGUCUACAUCAUUUAAAUUCCAAGAAACAUGUUCAAGUAUUUAAAUCUAGAUUUGACAGUGAAACUCCGAUUGUUCAUAUUAAAUGUUUUUAGAAUUCGGAAGUGCUUAUUAUGUAGGCCAGUGUCUCAUAAAUCUCCACGAUACUUGCAUUUGCUGGUUUCUAGAAGCACAGAACGUGUGUGCAAGUUUGACACUUUACCAAGUGUUGCGGAACAGAGCCGCUGACCUGCACGUAUAAUAACGGCAUAGCCUCUUAUUUUCAUUUGUGCCGUUAGUCUUAUAAGGCUAAAAAUGUACCCACAGCAUUGCCUUCCUGAACUGUUUUUAAGUAGCUGUUUAACAUCAUCCUAAGUUUUCACAUUCCUUUAUUUUAUCUUCCCCAUAGGUGUGUGAGGGGUAUUUAAUUCUGUGUAAUAUGACCAUGGUAAGCCUGAACAGGUUUCCCAUUAAGCCACCAUUCCUAGAGAUUUUUAUUCUUUUGCUGUUAAGUUCAUUGUCUGUUUUCACACUGUGAUCUCAAAAGAAGAAAAUACUAUAUUUUCAUUUAAAGCUUGCUUACGAGAUAGGAUCUUAACGUUUCAACUCAUUGUACUGUUGAUCUUUUGUAAAACAUGAACAUCUCCAGUAAUUAUUUGAUUUUUUUUUUUUUUAAUGUGCCAUGAGUGUUUGGUAGAAGCCAUCGCUCUUUUAGAAAUCUAAGGCCUAUAUGAAUGCCGCAAUGGAAGAGGACUUUAAAGUGGAAUUUCUGUCCUCCGUGGGUUAUUGCAUUUAGAUUUCUCAUCAUUAUAAGGCACGGAGCACAAGAGGCCGGAGCAGGGCCUUCUCUGUAAGCCAGUUGUGAUUCACUGGAAUAAGCUGUAACUGUAGUGCAUUAAAAUGCAGAGGAGAUCCUGCCUGGUUAAGCCCCGUCACAGAUCCUGAUAUUUUAUUUAAGGAAAUCGUUCAAUUGGCAUCAGUGCACAGGGCUGCUGCAGAAGAUGCAGAGGUAAUAAAGCACUUCUUCAGCCACUGGUGGGUACUGUUAGCCAUGUGAAAAAUGUCCCCCCUACACAUAGAAGGCUCAUGCUUUAUUUGUUGAUUUUUUAUUGUAGCCUGCUUAUGGUAGUCUGUUGCAGCUUCUGAUAUAUAUUUAUAUUUAUGUGAAAAUAAUCCAAUAAGAGAAUCAGAACUGAUUUUUAGACAUGUGUAGCUGGACAAAUACCUGGAACUUUAGAUUAAGGAACUUUUAUGCAAGCUUGUGUCUUGCAAAAUUCAAACUUGCUUGCUUUGUGCAAGAAUACUUUGAGUAUUGAAGUCUGCUUGUUUGCCUGUCUCCCUGAGGGAUAACUUCCUCAUUUAACUGGACUGGCCCUCUUUGGGGUUUCACUUUAAAAGAGCCCAAUGCCUCUUGCUGUAAAAAGGCUUGCCAUUAGGCUUUAGAAGAACCUCAACUUUGAAACAGCGGAGAUUAGGGGUGGAGAGUGGGCAGGUACAAUUCUGUCACAAAACUGGCAAGCGGGGGGGGGGGGGUAAAAUGUAAAAUUUUGUAGGAUCACUUGUGUCAGGUCGAUAUCUGAAAUGUUCCAAGGAGUGAAGUUUCCUGUGGUGCCUUGGCAAGGGUAUAGUAUGUAGCAGACUUCCAUCAAUGCCCACCAGCCUUGCACAUUGCAGAUUUCACAGUUGGCAAGGGUGUACUAUGUAGCUGACUUCCAUCAGUGCCCACCAGCCUUGUACAUUGCAGAUUUCACAGUUGGCAAGGGUAUAAUACGUAGCAGACUUCCAUCAGUGCCCACCAGCCUUGCACAUUGCAGAUUUCACAGCAGUCACCCACUUAUGGUUGACUGGCAUACAUUCCAUUUCUUAAUUUUUUUUAGCCUUAAUUAAAGUGGAAAUAAUUUCACUUGAUGUCUGAAAUGGAAAAACUGGCAGCAGUUUAUUACUCAAUGAGUAAUCGUUUAUACAUUCCACUAAUUCAGAUGUGUAUGCACAGUUUGUUCUUGUUUUUUUUUUUGCCACAAGAUUCAUGAAAUGAAGAAAUAACUAAAAAAAAAAACAAAUGGUUGUUUGUGACGGUCAUCGGCCCACUGACCCAGAGCACUAGCUGGCAGUGUCCUUCGUUCUGCAUAACUGUUACUAAAGUUAAAAGGGUAUGUUUAAUAGCUUGCAGCUCCUGUGUGCUUUAUCAGAAGCACUCAAAUGGGGUAAUAUUAGGAAGAAUUUGCAUAGCAUGUGACUUUUGAGCCCAUCUCAUGGCACAGUGCAAGGAAGCAGAGUAUUUGUUUUGUCAUCCCGCACUCUACUCCCGCUUGGUUUACGGUAGUAGCUAAAGGAGACGGAAGGUUUUGUAUAACAAGUGUUUUCAUAUUCAAAUUAGAUUAUCCAAUAUUUAAUACAUCACAAAGGAGCCUGUUCCAUUUUGUUAUAACAAAUACCUUAAAGGGUUUUCGUCAGAGGCCUUUCUUUCAUCUGUAUACCUGUUUUCGUAACACAGUCAGGAAGCUCUUGUCAAUGUGUUUCAUAACUGGAGUUACAAAAAAGAAACCGUAGAUAUUAAUUAAAAAAAAAAAAAAUUGCUCAAAUAUUUCUUCAGUCUUUGCCCCCACCGCCUGUUCACCAUUAGCCCCCUCCACGCUAAUUGGCCUGUUCAUUCCCCAUCACCAGGGUGAGAGUUGACCAGGAGGAGUCAACUUUCAGGCAGCCAUUAGGGAUGGUUUGAGGCUUUUCUGCUUAAGCCUUUCCAUUUCCUGUGAACACUCAGCUAGUGGAAGUGAGGGGACGUGUUCAGUAGGCUGUAUGCAUUGGUCAUCCCUCAUUUCUGAAAGAAAGGAACUUUGUCUGCAAAAGCUCUGCCACUUUCCCUCAUCUGUGGAAAGGGAUCCCUGGUCUCUGCCAAAGAAAUCGCAACUUCCCUUUGAGCUUCUCCAGUGCUCGAUACCGUAUCCCACCAACUAGGAGUGACAGAAUUGCCAUGCUUGUUCACUUCUCUCCUUCUGCCUGGCUCCUCCAGUGGCAUGGCUUCUGUUGGAACCCUGGUCAGCUGGUUUCAGUAAGGGCUCCAUCCCUCUGCCCAUGGUGCCAGGCUAAAGAUACUCAAAUCUUAGACUGAUUCACAUUAAAAUAUUUAAAAUAUAUGAUUCGUCUUUGUGUGGAAGAUGGGACGAAAGUAAACUGCUUUUCAUCAUUAUUGUGCGUCAGAAUUUCAGUACAAGUUUAAAAAAAUAUAUAGUUGAUGCAUUUGUGUAUCGUAAUUGUUUGUGUCUGCUUUGGUUGCCUUCGACUUUCCAAAGACAUUCAGUAGGUGAAUAAACAUUCUCCAGAUUGCCUGUAAGGGUGUGUAUAGCGUGUGAUUGACUGUGUGGUAUGCAUUCUGCAACAGAUCCAUACCCUGUGCAGAAGAAUUUUAAUGCCCUGCACCCACUGGUUGCCAGGGUAGGCACUGGCUUUCCCAUACAUUUUUGAAAAGAUAAAGCAGGUUUUCAGAAAAUGAAUGAAUAAAUGGUUCAACUGUAUCCUUUUGACCAUCAUUUUCCUCGUGUGCAUUGUCACAGCUGCUGAACAGUUUGUACGUUGUUUUUAUACUACAUAGAAACCAUAAAACAUGCUCGUGUUUGAAACGCUUUUAAUUGGAAUUGUUCUGUCAUAUGAUGCUUGUUCAGUACUGAAAAUUUAAUCGCCAAGGUUAUUAUGUAUAUAAAGUACAUGGGCAAACUGCUGAAAUUUUAGUUAAUAUUUAGGCAUAAGUGAUCUCAUUUCAGAGUCCAUGUCUGAAAGUAGUAAUGGUAUUCAUGGAUCAAACGUGUAGUUUUUAUUUGCCAUUUAUCACUAAAACUACAAGCAGUUGCACCUUUUAUAUAAUCUAUCCAGUAUGUGCAGUGUCUCAGGAAAUGCCCAUUCUCAGGUGGUCUUAAUGACGUGGCCUAAAGCCUUGUGCCUUAGUGGGUACCUGAGGUGGAACCACUGCACCAUGGAACUGCACUCCUUGUGUAUUAUUACCUGGUUCUAAACGAGACACUGUGUGUGCUGAGGGAGGUCCUGACCCACCUCCUGGUCUGUGAGCUCAAAAUACAUCCUGUUACAUGAUCCUUUUUGUUUCAGGUAUAGUACGGGAUUUCUCUCAAUAAAAAAAGAAAAUGCUGUCAGCAAGAUCAGUGCAUACACGCAUUCAUACAAAACUGGAAAACAAAUUGCACGUCUUAAGUAAUGGGAAAAUAUAAGAACAUUUUUAAUGCCCCAGUAGCUUAACUCUUGAGCACAAAAACUAAGUUUUUCCUGUUUCUGGGGAUUUAUUUACCCUAUAUGUACAGCACAUUCCAGUAUUAACUGGUAACUGGCUUCAAAAUGUGUAGAUUUUUAAAGCUGCAUUACAGCUGUUGGUAUCCUUUCCUUUUAAAGCAAGGAUACCAGCUAAUUUCUGUAGGGGUCUGUUACUUGAAAUCUUAGCCAGUGAAACUCGAGGUAUUUCGAUACAACCAAGAUCCCAGUCUGCGUAGUUUUCUUUGGCUACACCCCCCUCUCCCGAAUUUGUUUGCCAAGUGCAGCUUGCUACCUUCUCACUCAUGCACUUUUUGCCUUUUCAUAGCAGAGAAGCACCUAAUGUAAAAUAAUGUUUUUAAAAAAAAUGCAUCUGUGUAGACAUUUCAUAUAAUGGAGUCUUAAGUUUUUAGUUCAUGAAUUGUGUUAAGGGCAGGGCUUUUGAGUAAAGAUGCUUGUUCAUGGGCCUGUGUGCCCAAAUAUCAGCAUUUUAGUGGUUAAGAAGGACCAGAUAUUGACAUUUUCCUGAUUUAUUCAGAUUAAAUAAAGUUAUCAUUUUUA